AUGCCAGAUAAUACCUAUGCUUUAAAACUGGAGUAUCUGAACUCGACGAACGGUCGUACAACCCAGCCAAUUCCAUUACCACCGUGUUCGAGUCCAUUAUGUCCAAUAGAGACGUUGAGCAAAUGGCUUGAGAAUAAACUGCCUAGCAAUGAUAUGAACAAGGAAUGUAUGCCUCAAAGACCAAAUGGAUCUCUGUCGAUUAGGCAUGCUUCCUAUCAUCUAUCACUGUUCUUUUUGGUGAUGAAUAUGUUGGCCUACAUGUAUUCAAGCGAGAUUGACAAAUAA